AUUAGCUGAGAAUGAGUUAUCAACUAUAUCCUAAGCCUUUCUAAUUUUGUAAAAUAGUUAAAUAUUUUAGAUUACUAUCCUCCUUACAUUCACUAACUCGGCCUUCCAUUGAUCAAUCCUUAUAAUCUAAAUAAUUAUCCUCAAUAAAUGAGCUCAUUUUAUUAUUAACCCAUCAUCGGAAAUUCUUCAGACAAUUGUAUUGUGAUAGAAGAUGAUAAUGUAAGUUAAUUAUUUAAUAUUAUUUCUUAGAUUUAACAUCCACUGAACCCCAAUCAAUAAUCAAUAAUUUAAACAUAAACCAAUAGAGAACAGACAACUCAAUAAGAGUAGUUGAUGAUUCUAGAAUAACCAUUUAAGAAGUAGAUAUAAGAAAGUGACAAAUUAAAUGAAAAUGAACCACACAUUCGUAUAAGUGUCUUCAAACAGCAUUCAAGCUAAAUUGAUGCUGAAUAUAUCCUUUAAUAUGAUAGGUAAGUUAAUUAAAUAUCAUUUAGAAUCCUGGGAAACGAAUACAAAAAGGAAAUAACAAUAGGAAGAAAAAAAUAAUAAGAUGAUAAAUCAGAGAAUUGUGAUAUUUGUAAUUGUCUUAAAUAAUAAAUCUAGAUUUGCCUCACGGAGAUAAGAAUGUUGAAAAGUUACACUGUAAAUUGUCGACAGAAAAAGGAUUUUCUUAUUCAAAUCUUCUAACAAAAUCAGUUCUUCUAUUCUUCUCAUUAUUCAGAUCAAGGAAACCAAUUAUAAAAUUACCAUUUUCAAUUAGAAAACAUAUUUAUUCAUUUAUUAAGUAACAAUAUUCAUAUUUCUAGAGAAAAGCCGUAAUUUUAUUUAACUGAUAAUGCAACUAAAGUUGGAACAUUUAUGAAAAUUAAAAAGGAUAAUCUAAAACUAAUGUAGCUGCAUAAUACAUACCUGAUAGGGGCUGACACAUAUUUCCAUGUUAUGGAAAUCAAAUCAAAACCUUCAUAAAUGAAAUAAAAAAGAAACAAAGAUUUAAAUUAGUUUUAUAAUGCUCUUGCAAAAGAACACUUAAAAAAAGGUGCUAAGAUUCAUGGGCUAACAUUAUAGGAAAGCGAAUAAUUCAAUAUACUGCUAAAUGAAUUCAGAACAAAUAAUUAAAGACAAAGAACUUCACAAAAAUUGAAUCAAUAUGAUAGACCCUAUUUAAAAUUUUCAUUUAAUAGUGCUUCUGUCAAUUAAAUUUAAUCUCAUAUAUUCAUUGCCAAUUAUGAUUAAGAGUCUGUUUUUAAGAUUGGGAGAUCCUAAGAAUGCGAUGUCAUAGUUAAUAUCAAUACUGUCUCUAGGAGAUAAGCAUAAAUAAUAUAUAAAAAUAAUGAGUAUUAAUUUACAUAUAUAUAUAAAUUAGAUGGUUCAUCCAUGAUGGUGAAGGUAUCAGAGAGUCAGCAAAUGGUACUUGGCAGUCGUUGCAAAAUUAUUCCACGAGAAAUCAAGAUAAAAAAGUAUAGAGCAAACCAAGCUUAAUUGAAGAUUAAAUGGAAGUCAAAAUAAGUGAGAACAUUAUUAAAUUUGAUUUUGUAAACUUUGGUGUUACUAAAAAGUAAUUAUUCACAUUAAUUUAAGACGAAAACUUAAUUAAGCAUUAAUUCAGGACUUACUUUAGUGA